AUCAUGUGAUUCAGGAGUGAUUGCCUCACUCUGUGUAUGUAUUUAUUUAUACCAAGCAUCUGCCCCCUUCAUCACCCCAACUCCCAACCAAGUUCUCUCUCUCUCUCUCUCUCUGUUAAACGAUGAAGCAGCAAAGCGCCCAUUCUGUUUCUCUUCUGUUGUUCCUUUUUUUCCUUGUUACCACCCCACAAACAAUAGCCCGGCUCUUGGCACCGAAACAAGGAGAAGAGGCGGCAAAGCUGAAUGAAAUCACUACUAGGGCUCCUUUCGUAGAGUUGGAAGAAAUUCAAGAAAAUGAUUCUUUGAAUCUGAUGGGCCUAGAGGUUUGUCACAGUGGAGAUGAAGACUGUGUCAAGAGACGGAUGAUUGCAGAGGCUCACUUGGACUACAUCUACACCCAGCACCAUAAGCCUUAAAAUCCCUCCUUCCAAAUGCUUAUAUAAGCUCUAUGGCUUACUUCCCAACUGAAACCUGUGCUAAAGAUCCAUUAGGGUUUACUUUCAAGGCAUCAAGCCAAUUCUUUUAACUACCCUUCUGAGAACUUCCGCUAUAUAUUACUAAGUUUGGCCCUUAAAGUUCUUGCUGUAUUAUAUGAACGUAUUGUAACUGUUGCAAUAUAUAAAUGUGAACGUUUCGUCCA